AGGAGUGGUACUCGAGAGCGGGGCAUCGCAGUACCACAGUGGUUAUCGGGCUCUGAAAGGCGGCGUGAGUGAGUACGGUCGCGAGAGUGGAUGUGUGUUUCAUCAUGGCGUCCCUCUGAAUCGCUGGUGAACCUUUGGAUACUUCAAAGGUGGUUUGGUUUAAACUCAUCGUCUUCACAUUGACGAAAAUUCUCAACGAAUCCGAACGUGAAGUCCACCGGUGACCGUGAUGGGGGUCGCUGAGGACUUUGCACCGAGCUUCACCCAGAAGCCACAACUGCGGCAGGAGGAUGAAGGCAAUCGACUCGUGUUCGAGUGCAAGAUUCUGUCCUCUCCGAAGCCGGAUAUCACCUGGUUUCGCAGCGAGACGCAACUUGCCGAGAACAACCGGACUGUUAUGAAAAUUCAAACGGUGGGCACCAAUCUGUUCCUUGUGGUGCUCGAGCUGGACGAUGUCGUAGAAUCCGAUGCUGGACUUUAUAAAGUGAAAGCGAAGAACAAGAUGGGGGAAGUGGCAGCUUCGAUCAACUUAAACUUUAGUCCUGUGGAUGAGCCUAGAGAAAAACAAAUUGAUGGUCUUGCGCCAACGUUUUCAAAGAAGCCAGCAAUUAGACAAGAGGAUGAUGGGAAAAGACUGCUAUUCGAAUGUAGAAUCCAAGCAGAUCCCACACCUUCAGUUGUAUGGUCUCACGGCGGGAAUAUUGUUAAGGAUGAUGCCAGGCAUAAAAUGAAAGUUGACAAAGAUGGACAUUCGUAUUUCGCAUCGCUAGAGAUUAAGAACGUCACGAUUGAAGAUGCUGGCAAAUACAAAGUAACCGCAAAGAACGAGCUGGGAGAAAGCAACGCCACAAUCAGCCUCAACUUUGACAGUGACGAGGCACCAGUGCCAGAGGGUGGGUUCAAACCCACGUUUACAGAAAGGCCUGUCACAAGGCAGUCAGACGAUGGGUCCAGCAUUACCAUUGAGUGCCGAGUAGUAGGAGAUCCCAAGCCCACAAUCAUGUGGUACCACAACGGAAAGGCUGUGAAGGAAGGACCUCGUAAGAUCAUGUCCUUGGAACUGGACCAGAAGCUAUACUACAUGGCUCGGUUAGACAUCAAAAACGUUGAGAACACCGAUGGAGGGGAGUACAAGGCUGUGGCCACCAAUAAACUCGGAGACGCAACAGCAACGAUCAACCUGAACUUCGAGGAUGGCGGAACUCCUAAGAUACCAGAUGGAAAGCCACCAAGAUUUCCAAAGAAGCCAACAAUACAUCAAGACGGUGACAUCCUGGUGAUGGAAUGUAUGUUGGAGGCCAACCCAGUGCCCGAGAUCAUCUGGUAUCAAGGAACAAAAGUCAUCCUGGACACAAGUAGAAUCCGAAUGGUGAAGAAAGCGACCGGAAAAGACACUUACCUACUGAGACUGGAAAUAUCAAACCCCACCAAACAAGAUGGUGGCAAUUACCGGUGCAAUGCUUGCAAUAGUUUUGGGGAAAGCAAUGCUAACAUUGCUCUCAACUUCCAAGGUGGGGAUGAAGGAGCCGGUUUUGCGCCUUCAUUUAUUGAAAAACCCAAAAUCAUUCCAAAUGAAACUGGUACACUUAUUACGAUGCGUUGUAAGUGCACGGCGAAACCGAAACCUGUGGUGACAUGGUACAAGGGCACCAAGGCUGUUCAGGAGUCAUCGAAAAUCAAAAUGAGAAUGAUCGAACAUGAGGACACAUACGAAAUACUGUUAGAAAUUCAGGAUCCCAUAGGACCUGACAGUGGCACGUACAGGUGUCACGUCCAGAACGAGUACGGAGAAAGCAAUGCUAACCUCAACCUGAACAUUGAGGCGGAGCCGGAACCUGAGGGUGACCCUCCGACAUUUGUGGAGAAGCCUCGUAUCCGCUCGGAACAGAGCGGCAAGCUGGUGAUCAUGGAGUGUACCGUCUCAGCUAACCCUAAACCUGACAUCGUAUGGUACCAUGAGGGCAAACUGCUUACACAGAGUACCAAGAUUUCGUGGAAAAUGGAAGAGAAAGGAAAAGAUCUAUACUACAUAAGAUUAGAACUCAAGGAUCCCGGCAAGAUGGAUUCAGGACUUUACAAAUGCAACAUCAAGAAUCCCAGUGGAGAACUGAAUGCUAAUCUCACAUUGAACAUUGAAAUUGUGCCGGUGAUCAAGGAGAUACCGAAGGUGAUCACCAUCACCAAGAAGAAGACAAUCGUCAUUGAGUGCCGCGUAAUGUCCGUGUUUGAGCCCAAGUGUAUUUGGAUGAAAGAGAACACUGCUGUGAAAGAAGAUUCAAGACAUUCCGUUAGAAUUGAAGAACUCAAGGAGGGUGAAUACAGCGUGAAGCUGGAGAUGUCCAACUGCACCAUCGAGGACAAGGGCACUUACAAACUGAUCGCCAAGAACGAGAAGGGCGAAGCUCAGUCUCAGACUGUUACCAUCACGGAGAUUCCGACGGGCACGGCUCCUGUCAUCAAGGAGAAACUGAAAUCAGUGACUCUUACUGAAAGCAAGGAGGUUGAGUUCAGAGUCACUCUCUCCACAACAGACAAGACAACUAAGAUUACAUGGACCAGAAACUCCCAAACUUUGACCAACAACAAAGAUGUAUCCCUGUCAUUUGAUGGCCAGGUGGCCAAGAUGACCAUUAGUAAGGUGACCAAGGAACUUACUGGUACAAUCAAGGUUAUUGUGGCUAACGAGUUUGGCCAAGAUGAGUCCACUGCAGAACUUGUACUAGAGGAACAAGAGGAAAAGAAGAAAAAGGUAGAGGAAAAGAAAAAGGUUGAGGAAAAGAAAAAGGUUGAGGAAAAGAAAAAGGUGGAAGAAAAGAAGAAGGAGGAAAAGAAGGAAGAAGUGAAAGAAACUAAGGUCGAAGAACUCAAGGUCACUGAGAGGAGAAAGUCAUCCAUAACUCAGAAAGAAGAAAUUGUGAAAAUACAAGAGGCCAAACGGAAAUCGAGCAAGGCAGAAAAUGGUCCAGAGGAGGUUGUGGAGACUAAAGUGGAACAGAAGUCCAAAGUAGAAAAGAAAGAAGAAAUUGUGCAGAAAAAGAAAGUAUUGAAACAAGAUGAUAUGAAUGGUGAUGAUAAGAUAGCUCCAGCUCCUGCAAAAAAGAAGAGUGUCGUCAAUGACACCCAGUCCAGAACUAACAGAGAAGAACCUGUAGUAGAGAGUCCGGAGGAGUCAGAAACAGAGAGUGAAGAGUCAGUUGUGGAAAUAACAAAAACUCAAGAGGUCGAUAAGAAACGCACAGACAGUAUAGCAAAAAAGGAGGAGCCCAAACAAGAACCUCCAAAAGUAAAAGAACCUCAGAAAAAGGCUUCCCAGGAGGAACCAAAACCAGAACCAAAGGCAACAGAGGCUGUGAAGAAAACAGUCAAAAAGGAAGAAGUAAAGCCUGAAACUCCUAAAGCGAAAGACACUGACAAGAAACCUUCUAUAAAGGAAGAAGCUAAGGAUGGUCAACCAAAACCAGAGGAACCGAAGAAAAAAGCAACUUCUAAGGAAGAAACAAAGCCCGAACCAACUAAACCGGAGGAAACCAGGAAACCAUCAGUCUCAAAGGAAGAGACUAAACCUGAACCGAAAAAGCCUGAAGAAACGAAGAAAAAGCCUAUUUCUGAGGAGGAGCCUAGUCCCCAAGUUCCGAAGGCACCCUCUGUACAAAAAGAACCUCAACCCAAGGAAGAGAAACAGCCAGAACCAAGCAAACCCGGAGAAGUCAAACCUAAAUCAGCCUUUAAGGAAGAGACAAAACCAGAACCAACAAAACCAGAGGAAACCAGGAAACCAACUGUGAAGGAGGAGCCUAGCCCCCAAGUUCCGAAGGCACCCUCUGUACAAAAAGAACCUCAACCCAAGGAGGAGAAUAAAUUGGAACCAGCAAAACCUGGAGAAAUAAAGAGGAAGCCUUCAGUUAAGGAGGAAGUGAAACCCGAGGCUCCCAAACCAGCAGAAACAAAGAAAAAACCUUCUGUUAAGGAGGAAACGAAACUUGAGCCUCCAAAGCCAGAGGAACCUCAGAGGAAACCUUCAAUUAAGGAGGAGGCCAAACUAGAACCUGCUAAACCUGGUGAAAUCCAGAGGAAACCAUCUAUAAAGGAUGAACCGAAGCCAAAAGAGAUACAAGAGGCUUACGAUGAGGACGGUUCAGACUCUAGUGACACCGAGAAAACCGAAGCCAAAGACGCUAAGAAGAACGGUGUUGCCAAGAAGAAAGAAACCAAGGAGGUUAAGGAAGAAGAGAGGAGAGCCUCAGUACAAUCUAUUACAGCAGAAGAAGCUGAAGAGGCAGAGAAAAAACUUGAACAGAAGAAAACAUCUGUAUCAACUGAGAAAAAACUGUCCGUAGCAGCCAAAAAAGAGGAAACUGUUGUCGAAAAGCUAUCGGAAAAAGUAGAAGUUGACAAAUCUGGUCAAAAAAUCAAAAAAGUUGAGGUUCUAGAGAAGAAGCCAAAAGUAGGAGGAGAGGCUUUCUUUAAGGUACAGCUGAAACCAACUAAAAAAGUCCAAGUUGAAAAGGUCAAAGAAGAGAAAAAGCAAGAAGUAACUGUAAAGAAGUUUGAAGCAACGAACAUUGAGAGGAAGGCAUCAAUCAAACAAGAAAUGUCGAAGAAGGAUACUAGUUUGAAAGUUACUAAAGAAAAGACAAAGGAAAAGACACCUGAAAUUCAGGAGAUGAAAAAUGGUUUGGCCAGUGAACCACCAAAACGCGAACCUGAACCGGUUACACCAGCUCCUGAACCAGCCAAACCAGCACCCCCCACACCAAAGAUCAAGCGCUAUGACCCAAUGGCAUUUAUCCCGAGUAGCUCCGAUGAAGAAGAAGAAGAAGACACAGUAGAUGAGUUACAAUCUAUAGGAAAGUCGAAGGUGCCAGAGAUCAAAGCACCUGAUGUACCUAAGAUCGAUGUGAUAAGGGAGAAAUCACCAGCAGCUGACAGGAAGGGUUCACUCGCUCCAGGAUCAGGACAGUCAAGUCGCAGAGGGUCCUUGAUCCCUCCUCCAGAGGACACUAAAGGCAGACGACCCAGUCUUAUCAUUAGUGACGAGGAAAAUAGGAAGCUGCGGCCUGGAGAGGUUGUGGAGGAAAAGAAGGUUGGAAAAUUGCGGCCCGGUGAAGUGUUUGACCCUAAGCGGAGACGUCCCAGCACUGAUAUGCGGCGACCAAGUGUGCAAGAACUGGAGGGUCUCAUCGACAAGCCUUGUACUCCACUGCGAGACAUCGGCGAUCCAGGUCCCCCGGCCAUUGUCGACGUCCAGGAGAGCUACUCUGCUGUUGAAGAUCAAACUGGAUACAUCACUGUCCAAGUGGAAGGAAAUCCAGCCCCAACAUUCAAAUUUUACAAGGGCAUGACAGAAAUCAUUGAUGGUGGUCGGUUCAAGUUCCUCACAGAGGGAGACACAAACUCAAUUACACUUUGUAUCCGGAAAGUCAAACCCAAUGAUGAGGGAAAGUACAAGAUCGUGGUGAGCAACUGCCAUGGAGAGGACUCGGCAGAAAUGCAGCUCUAUGUCUCAGAUUCUAGUGGAAUGGACUUCCGUGCCAUGUUGAAGAAGAGGAAGUACGCCAAGUGGGGAAAAGACAAGGAGGACCCUGAUUGGGGUGACCUGAAGGAAACUGAAAAACCAGUUCCAGCACUGAAGAAAGUUGAAAAGAAACAAGACAGUUUCCUGAAGCCACUGGUGGAUCAGCAUGCAAAGGAAGGAAAAGACAAGAAGGUUGUGUUUGAGUGCAUCUUCAGCAAGCCCAAUAGUAAACCAAAGUGGUUCUUGAGAAAGGAUGAACUGUUUCCGGGUUCGAAGUACAAGUUCAAAAAUGAGAAUGACGUUUAUACUUUGAUUAUCAGUACCCCAAAAGUGGAAGACACUGGAAAAUACACCAUAGAGAUUGCCGGAAUAAGCUGUACAGCUUUUCUCAACGUGGACGAGGCGGAUCCAUCAUACACAUUCCUCAGACCACUGAACAAAAAGACGGAGGGCUUCACAAGGCAUGAAACCUAUAUGGAAUGUACUGUGAGCAGUAGCUUGGCCAUUGUUUCAUGGUGGAAAGGCAAAACAAAGCUUACAGAAAGCGAAAAAGUAUCAAUAGAGAAGGACAUGUCAGGCAACUGCAGACUGACAGUGAAGGCUCUAGAGAUGGAAGAUGCUGGAGAUUAUUCCUGUAAGAUAGAGAAACAACCGGAUGAGACAACCACUGAACUCACUGUCAUCGAGUACCCGUAUAAGUUCGUGAAGGUACUUAAGAGUGUGACACAUGUUGAGAAAGAAACUAUCACUCUGGUCUGCGAGCUGGACGAUGCAGAAGGUGAUGUCAAAUGGACUAAGAAUGGUGAAGAACUGAAACCAGACAAAAGAAUCAGCAUCUCUAAGGAGGGCAGGAAGCGAAAGGUCACAAUCAAGGAUGCCAAGGUCACAGAUGCUGGACUUUACGCUUGUACCAGUAAUGCUGACCAGACUGAGGCUGAACUCAUUGUCAACUACCAGAACAGGUUCAACAAGAAGCUGAAAGAUACAACUGCUAUUGAGAGAGAGAAGCUUGUGCUUGACAUUGAACUCCAGGAUCAGACAGCAGCAGCUGAAUGGUUCUUCAAUGGUGAACCCGUCAAAGAAUCUGAAAGAGUGGAAAUCAAGAAUCUGGGAGGAGGUAAACACCAGUUGGUGUUCAACAAGCUGGAGAUGACUGACUCUGCCGAGAUCAUGUGCAAGUCUGGAGAAUUGACAUCUUCCUGCAAGCUGGAGGUGAAGAAGGGAGAGAGCAAACCCAUGAUUGACUUUGGUGAUUCAGUGGAUGCUCCAGCCAACCAUCCAAUUACCUUCCAAGUGCCCUUCAAAGUGUCGGGCACCAAACAAUCCCAGAUAGAGGCAAAGCUGGUGAAGGAUGGCAAACCCCUGCCACUGAAGGAGGUGGAGGUGGUUGUACACGAGGAGAAAGUCACAUACACAGUCAAGAAGCCUGCUCGAGGCCUCAGCGGCAAAUACCAGAUCAAGAUUUCCAAUGCCCAAGGCGAGGAUGUCAAAGACAUCAAGAUCAACAUGCAAGAUGUACCUCAACCUCCUCAAGAGAUCAAUGUUACGGACAUUUACCAGACCAGCUGCAUUGUGAAAUGGAAGCCUCCUGUGGAUGAUGGUGGUUCCACUCUCAUCCAGUACGUGAUUGAAAGGCAGGACUUGAGUGUCAAAGGAGGUUGGCAUAGCAUAGCUGAAGUUCCUGCCACUGAGCCCACAACCUUCCACGUGACAGACUUGAUUCACAAGAAGGAGUACAAGUUUAGGAUAAGGGCAGUCAACAAGAUUGGCUCUUCAGAACCAAACAUAUUUGCCAAACCUGUAUUGGCUAAAGAUCCUUGGGAUGAGCCUGGAAAGCCAACAAACGUAGAAGUUGUGGAUUGGGACAAGGACCAUGCAGACCUCAAAUGGACAAAGCCAGAAAAUGAUGGAGGAGCUCCUAUUACAGGCUACAUCAUUGAAUACAAAGAGAAGUUUGGCAAGGACUGGGUGGAAGGCAAGGUGAUUGAUGGAGAUGUCCAAGCCGCCACCAUCGAUGGACUGAAGGAGGGAACUCAGUACGAGUUCCGCAUCAAGGCUGUCAAUAAAGCCGGCCCUGGAGAGCCUAGCGAUGCUACAAAACCAAUCAUUGCCAAGUGCAGAUUUGUGAAACCUUUCAUUAUUGGAGAUGACCUGCAAAACAUAGUAAUAAAGAAGGGUCAAGUAAUCAAGUACGAUAUCAAAUACGGAGGUGAACCCGAACCUGAGGUGGUAUGGCAGCUGAAUGGUGUUGAAAUCAAGGAUGACAACGACAAGACAACAAUAGACAAGUACGAACGCAACACUGUGGUGACAGUGAGAAGAGCUGUCAGGGCCGACAGUGGCAAGUACAAGCUGAUCCUGACCAACAGUUCUGGGGUUUGCGAGGGUAUCGCUGAAGUUGUUGUUCUCGAUAAACCAUCCAAGCCUAUCGGACCUCUGGAGCCCAUUGAAGUGCGGGCAAACCACAUCACAGUGCAGUGGAACAAGCCCGAGGAUAAUGGAGGAUCUGACAUCACAGGAUACGUCAUUGAGAAAAUGGACAUGGACACCGGACGUUGGGUGCCUGCCGGAGAGGUCGGGCCUAAGACACCAGGAACAUUCAAACUGGAAGGAUUAACACCGAAAAAGAAGUACAAAGUCAGAGUGAAGGCAGUGAACAAGGAGGGAGAGUCUGAGCCUUUGGAGACCGAACAAGCCAUUGUUGCCAAGAAUCCUUACGACGAGCCUGGACGUCCUGGCAAGCCCGACAUCAUCGACUACGACAAUAAGAGUGUCACACUCAAGUGGAAGAAACCAGAGAGUGAUGGAGGCCGACCUAUUCUCCAUUACGUCAUUGAGGCCAAGGACAAGUUUUCCAUGGACUGGGAAGAAGUGGCCAAAACGGAUGACAACAACCCAGAGGGUAAAGUGGAAGGGCUGAAGGAGAAAAUGGUCUACCAGUUCCGGGUGAAGGCUGUCAACAAGGCAGGAGCCAGUGAGCCCAGUGAACCCACCGAUAACCAUAUCUGCAAGCACAGGAACUUGAAACCUCGCAUCGACCGAGACGGUAUGAAGAGUGUCACCAUCAAGGCUGGCCGCACAUACAAGUGGACCGUGGAUGUGUCUGGUGAACCCCCGCCAACACUGACAUGGAUCUGGCGAGACGGUAUCGCCCUGAUAACCACUGACAGGAUCAAGAUAGAGAAUGUUGAUUACCAAACAAACUUCAGCAUCAUCAAUGCCACUCGACGCGACACAGGCAAAUACACCUUGGUCGCCGAGAACGCUAACGGCAAAGACACUGAGAGCCUUGAGCUGACUGUGCUUGCCAAGCCUAGCCGCCCUGAGGGACCACUGGAAGUAUCCAACGUCACCAAGAACGGCUGCAAGUUAGCCUGGAAGAAGCCCUCCGACGAUGGAGGCACUCCAGUGAAGGAAUAUGAAGUGGAGAAGAUGGAUCUUGCCACAGGCAAAUGGGUGAGAGUGGGCAAGGUUCCGGGUGAUCGGGACAACCCAGAGAUGUUGAUCACGGGUCUAGAACCUGGUGCAGAAUACAAGUUCCGAGUGUCAGCCAUCAACGAUGAAGGCGACUCAGAACCGUUAGAGACCGAGCGAUCAAUUAUUGCCAAAAAUCCUUAUGACGAGCCUACUAAGCCUGGAACUCCCGUUGUUGUGGAUUACGACCACGAGAGUGUCAAACUGAAGUGGGACAAACCUGAUUCUGAUGGUGGAGCACCGAUUGAGAAAUACAUCAUUGAGAAAAAAGACAAGUUCAAGCCCGAUUGGGAGCCAGCAAUAGAGGUACCAGCAGAUCAGCUGUCAGCCAAGGUACCAGGUCUGAAGGAACAAGGAGAAUAUCAGUUCCGUAUCAUUGCUGUUAACAAAGCUGGUCCCUCACCUGCCUCUGACCCAAGCAAGAUGCAUCUUGUCAAACACAAGGCCUUGAAACCUAGAAUUGACCGCACCAAUCUAAAGAACAUUGUCGUAAGAGCCGGCAAGAUGGUCAAGUAUGAUGUCAACAUCCGAGGUGAACCGCCACCAGAAGUCACCUGGUUCCUGAUUGACAAGCCGACUGAUGUAGUGAUUGGUCAAGUGAAGUCAGAGGGUAAUGUUGAAAUCAUCAAUGUGCCCUACAACACCAAGAUCACAAUCAACGACUCCACCAGGAAGAACUCAGGUCUCUACAGAAUCGUAGCCGAGAACGCCUCAGGCAAAGAUGAGGCUGAUGUAGAAGUAACUGUUCUUUCUGCACCUUCAAGACCCAAGGGCCCACUGAAAGUACAAGAUGUUACGGCUAAUGGCUGCAAACUUAAGUGGGAGAAACCAGAAGAUGAUGGUGGCAAACCCAUCACAGCAUACUCCGUGGAGAAACUGGACUUGGCCACCGGCCGGUGGGUGCCAGUGGGGCGAACCACAGAGCCUGAGAUGGAAGUGAGGGGACUCCAAGAGGGCCAUGAAUACCAGUUCCGGGUCAAGGCCAUCAACGAAGAAGGAGAGAGUGAACCCUUGGACACUGAAAGUUCCACACUUGCUAAGAAUCCUUAUGACAUCCCAGGUAAGCCAGGUGUUCCCGAGUUUGUGGAUUGGGAUGUGGACAGAGUUGUACUGAAGUGGGCUCCUCCGAAGCACAAUGGUGGAGCUUCCAUUACCGGAUACAUCAUUGAGGCCAAGGAAAAGUUUUCUGCCUCUUGGAAUGAGAUGACUACCACAGAUAGUCCCACACCAGAAGGCACAGUGCUAGGCCUGAAGGAAGGCAACACCUAUCAGUUCAGAGUGAGAGCUGUCAAUAAGGCAGGGCCCUCCGAGCCCAGUGAUCCCACGAAACCUCACAUUGCCAAGGCGAGAAACUUGAGACCAUGGAUCAACCGAGAUAAGCUGCAGAAGGUGAUAGUCCGAGCAGGAGCGGUCGUGAAGUUUGAUGUGGACGUGAAGGGUGAACCUCCUCCAACCAUCACAUGGAACUUUGCUCACAACGAGCUCCAGAGUGGGAUGAGAAUAAAGAUUGAAAAUGAAGAUUACAACACCAAGAUUGCCAUCUCUGAGACCACCCGCAAGGACACUGGCAUCUACACGGUCAUUGCAGUCAACCCUAAUGGCCGUGAUGAAGCUCCUGUUGAAGUUGUCGUGCUCGACAAGCCUGGAUCUCCAGAGGGACCUCUAGAGGUAACCGAUGUACACAAGGAAGGCUGCAAGCUCAAGUGGGAGAAACCCAAGGAUGAUGGAGGCUUACCUCUCAGUGGCUACGUGGUGGAGAAGAUGGACACAGCCACAGGACGAUGGGUGCCGGCAGGAUUCGUGGACCCCACCAAGACCGAAUUGGAGGUCACCGGACUUGAACCUGGCCACAAGUACCAGUUUAGAGUCAAGGCCCAGAACGAGGAGGGAGAGUCAGAACCCCUUGAAACCGACACGGCCAUCUUAGCCAAGAAUCCUUACGAUCCACCUGGAGCUCCUGGCCUCCCAGAGAUUGUCGACUGGGAUGAACACAUGGUGGAACUCAAGUGGGAGCCUCCCUUCCGUGAUGGAGGUGCUCCUAUUACAGGUUACAUCAUUGAGAUGAAGAGUCGGUUUGACCCGAACUUCGUGAAGGCAGUAGAGAUCACAGGUGGGCAGUGCAAGGGCAAGGUUCCCAAGCUGGAGGAAGGCACACAAUACCAGUUCCGCGUGAGGGCAGUCAACAAGGCUGGUCCUGGUGAACCCAGCGAGGAGACCAACCCCCACACUGCCAAGCCCCGUUGGCUGAAACCAAGGAUUGACCGCACAAACUUGCAAAAUCUCGUCUUCAAGGUUGGCCACACUGCACUGAUUGACGUCAAUGUUUCGGGAGAACCCCCUCCAACUAUGACAUGGAUUUUCAAAGACAAGGAACUGAAGACAGAGGGAGCCAUCCGCAUUGACAAUAUUGACUAUAACACCAAGCUGUUGAUCAUGAAGGCAACAAGAGCAGAGAGUGGCAAGUACACCAUUAUCGCCAAGAACUCUGUUGGUGAGGACAGGGCUGAGAUCGACAUUACUAUCCUGGGCAAACCAAGCAAACCAAAAGGACCUCUGGAGGUCUCUGAUGUGACCAAGAAUGGCUGCAAGCUUAAGUGGAAGAAACCUGAGGACGACGGAGGCAGCCCAGUUGAGUACUACGAGAUCGAGAAGCUGGACCCCUUGACGGGCCAGUGGAUCCCCUGUGGCAAGUCCGUGGAGCCUGAGGCCAAUAUCACGGGUCUACAGGAGGGCAAGCCUUACAAGUUCCGUGUGCGUGCGGUCAACAAGGAGGGAGAGUCAGAGGAGUUAGAGACUGAUCAUGCCAUCAUUGCCAAGAAUCCCUUCGAUGAGCCAAGCAAGCCUGGCAGACCGAACCCCACUAACUGGGACAAGGACUUUGUGGACCUGGAAUGGACGAAACCUGUGAGUGACGGUGGAGCUCCCAUUGAGAAGUAUAUCAUCCAGAUGAGGGACAAGGAUGAGAGAGCAUGGGUGGAUGCCGGCACCGUCCCUGGUGACAGGACUUACGGGAAGGUGACAAAUGUUGUGGAAGGUCACGAGUACGAGUUCCGUAUUGUGGCGGUCAACAAGGCUGGUCCUAGCCCUCCUAGCGAUCCAUCAAAAUCUGUCAUCGCCAAACCACGAUUCUUGGCUCCCCAUAUCGACCGCAAGAACUUACAGAAGAAGAUAAUACGUGUUGGACAGACGCUGAAGAUUGAAGCCGAUGUCAAGGGUGAACCUCCUCCAAAGAUCGUCUGGUCAUUGAAGGACAAGUCCUUAUCCUCGGGCGAAAGACUGAGGAUUGAGAACGAGGACUAUAAGACAAAUUUCACCCUGGUGAAGGCUAAGCGAGCUGACACUGGCUUAUACAAGGUGACUGCCACCAACGACUCUGGCACUGACUCUGUGGAGAUUGAGAUCGUAGUUAUGAGUGCCCCCAGCAAACCCAAGGGUCCACUUAAGGUGGCAGAUGUGACUGCGGAGAGCUGCAAGCUCAAGUGGGACAAACCAGAAGAUGAUGGUGGAGCCCCUGUGGAGCACUACCUGGUGGAGAGAAUGGACGUGGAGUCAGGGCGAUGGGUUCCUGUCUGCACCACCAAGACCCCAGAGGCUGAGGUUGGAGGACUGCACGAAGGCAAGGAGUACCAGUUCAGAGUGAAGGCUGUCAAUGCUGAAGGAGAGUCUGAGCCUCUGGAGACUGACACCUCUAUCAUUGCCAAGAACCCAUUCAAUGAGCCUGACAGGCCAGGCAAGCCAGUGGCCAAGGACUGGGACAAGAACAAUGCCUACCUCAAGUGGGCUGCACCGGCCAGUGAUGGUGGAUCACCCAUCACUUCCUACAUCAUCGAGAAGAAGGACCAAUACAGUUCCAAGUGGCAGAAGGCAGUGGAGAUCACUGGUAACAAGUGCGAGGGCAAGGUGCCUGAACUUACGGAAGGUAUGAAGUACCAGUUCCGCGUGAUCGCUGUCAACAAGGGAGGUCAGAGCAAACCCAGUGAGCCCAGUGACCCCAUUGUUGCCAAGGACAGAAAUGUACCACCUCGCAUCGACCGCACCAACCUUAAGGACAUUAUCCUGAAGGCUGGACAGAAUCUAAAGCUGGACGUGAAGAUCAGUGGAGAGCCUCCUCCAACAAAGACCUGGUACCAGAACAAGGCCAGGCUGGAUAGCCAAGACAACCUGACCAUAGACUCGGAGGACUACAAGACCAAACUGUCCAUUGUCCUCAUUACCCGCAAGCAGACCGGCACUUACACUAUUAAGGCCGAGAAUGCAUCCGGCAGAGACGAGGCUUCCAUUGAGGUCACAGUCCUAGAUAAACCAGGCAAGCCAGAAGGCCCUCUGAAGAUCUCUGAUGUCCACAAGGAGGGCUGUACCCUCAAGUGGAACCCACCAGAAGAUGAUGGUGGUGUACCAAUUGAAUAUUACCAAGUUGAGAAAAUGGACACUGAAACAGGACGCUGGGUGCCAGCGGGCCGCUCCAAGGAGCCCAAGAUGGAUGUGGAGAAUCUUGUCCCUGGGCAAGAGUACAAGUUCAGGGUGAUGGCAGUCAACGCUGAGGGUGAAUCAGAGCCUUUGGAUGCUGACCAUCCGAUCAUUGCAAAGAAUCCAUUUGAUGAACCUGGCCCACCGGGCACACCAGAUAUCACAGACUGGGAUAGAGACUACGUUGACCUCAAGUGGCAACCACCAUCCAAGGACGGAGGCUCACCCAUCACUGGCUACAUCAUUGAGAAGAGGGAGAAGGGCAACCCCAAGUGGACCAAGGCCGCUGAGCUGCACAGCCCCGAGUGUAAGGGUCGCGCAGACAACCUCGAGGAGGGAGUGGAAUAUGAGUUCCGCGUGCGUGCCAUCAACGAGGCCGGACCAGGCGAGGCUAGCCAGCCCAGCAAGUCCAUUGUCACUAAACCGAGAAAAUUGGCUCCUAAGAUUGACCGUAGAAAUCUGAAGAACAUCACGAUAAAAGAAGGGGAACCCUUCAUGUUUGAUGUGAAGGUCCUAGGAGAGCCUCCUCCAGAGAUCACAUGGAUUCUGAACAACAAGGAGAUCCACAGCAACUCUGUCAAGCAGAUUGACAACGAACCCAAUCACACCAAGUUCUUCCACAAGAACCCUGAGCGUAAAGAUACUGGCAUUUACAAGAUCCAGGCCAUCAACAAAUACGGUUCCGACACUGCAGAAGUUGAGGUCACCGUUGUAUCUAAGCCUGGAAAGCCUGAAGGGCCCCUAGAGGUGUCCGAUGUCCACAAGGAUGGCUGCAAGCUGAAAUGGAAGAAACCAAAGGACGAUGGCGGAGAGCCAAUAGAGGGCUACCUGGUGGAGAAGUACGAUCCAGACACGGGCGUGUGGCUGCCGGUUGGCCGCUGCAAGGACCCUGAGAUGGAUGUGACAGGACUCACUCCAGGCCAUGAGUACAAGUUCCGGGUGAAGGCAAUCAACAAGGAGGGCGAAUCCGAGCCCUUGGAAACCCUAGGCUCCAUUGUUGCCAAGGAUCCAUUCACUGUACCAAGUGCACCUGGAGCGCCAGAUCCAGUUGACUGGAGUCAGAACCAUGUAGACCUCAUCUGGAAGGAGCCCAUCUCUGAUGGAGGCUCCCCCAUAACAGGCUACAUCAUUGAGAAGAAAGACAAAUACAGCACGAUAUGGGAGAAGGCUGUGGAGACCAACACAGCCACUCCGCAGGCAGUAGUCAGUGGCCUGAUUGAGGGCAAUGAGUACCAGUUCCGAGUAAUAGCAGUGAACAAGGCAGGACAGAGUGAACCCGGAGAUGCCAGCAAGAGUUUUACUGCCAAACCUCGAUUUUUGGCUCCAAGGAUUGACAGGCGCAAUCUACGUGAUGUCACAUUGUCAGCUGGCUCAACACUCAAGUUUGAUGCAAAUGUCAUCGGUGAACCUCCUCCAACCAUCGAAUGGAGAGCUGGAGGUGUUCCUCUCAAGAAUGGGAAGUACGUGACCGUUGACAACUCAGACUACAAUACGAAGUUGGUGAUCAGGCCGGUACAACGAGGUGACUCAGGCGAAUAUACAGUAACAGCAAGUAACAGUUCCGGACGAGACUCUGUCACUAUCAACGUCACUGUUACCGACAAGCCAGACAAGCCGCAAGGGCCACUGCAGGUGUCGGAUGUACACAAGGAGGGUUGCAAGCUGAAGUGGAAGAGGCCAAAGGAUGAUGGAGGCACUCCUAUUGAGUACUACCUUGUGGAAAAGUAUGAUCCACUGAAGGCUGCAUGGGUGCCUUGCGGAAGAUCUUCAGAGCCAGAGCUGGCUGUAACUGGCCUCACACCUGGACACGAGUACAAGUUUAGGGUUGCAGCAGUUAAUGCCGAGGGAGAAUCUGAACCCCUUGAGACCCUGGAAUCAAUCAUCGCUAAGAAUCCAUUCGAUGAACCUGGAAAGCCUGGAAACCUGAAAGCAACAGACUGGGACAAGGACCAUGUAGAUCUCAAAUGGGACCCACCCAAGGAAGAUGGUGGCUCACCGAUAACGGGAUAUGUAGUGGAGGUGAAGGACAAGUACGGCAACUGGGAGAAGGCUGUGACUGUUCCAGCAGGACAGACCUCCGCCACAGUUCCAGGGCUCACCGAGGGUGAACCCUACGUCUUCCAGGUGCGGGCCAUCAACGCCGCAGGACCUGGAGAGGCCAGUGAUCCUACACCCACCAUUUGGGCCAAGGCUCGCAACCAGCCACCCAAGAUCGACCGGACCAACUUGAUUGAGGUCCGCAUUAAGGCUGGGCAGAAUUUCAACUUUGAUGUGAAAGUAACUGGUGAGCCAGUGCCAAAAACCAAAUGGUUGCUGAACCGCUCUGAGGUCAGGACGGGUGAGAGGACUAAGGUGACACACGCAGACUACAACACCAAGCUGAGCGUGCGCAUGGCCACCCGCGCUGACUCUGGCAAGUACACAGUCCAUGCCGAGAACAUCAAUGGCCAGGACUCGGCAGACGUCAUUGUCACAGUCAUUGACAAACCCAGCCCUCCCAAUGGCCCUCUGAAGGUGUCCAAUGUACAUGCAGAAGGCUGUAAGCUGGCAUGGAAGCCACCUGAUGAUGAUGGAGGUCAGCCCAUCGAGAAGUACGUCGUUGAAAAAAUGGAUGAGGCUACAGGUCGUUGGGUACCUGCCGGAGAAACCAUUGGUCCAGAGACCUCUCUGGAUGUGGAAGGCCUUACUCCAGGACACAAAUACAAGUUCAGAGUGCGAGCAGUCAACAAGCAGGGCAAAUCUGACCCCUUGCAGACUGGUCAACCUAUUGAGGCUAAGAACCCAUUCGACGCACCUGGACAGCCAGGAAUCCCUGAAAUCAAAGACUAUGACCGAGACUUUGUGGAUCUCCAGUGGACAAGACCUGUUGAGGAUGGAGGCUCUCCUAUAACCGGAUACGUCAUUGAAAAGAAGGAGAAAUACAGCCCCAACUGGGAGAAAUGUGCUGAAGUAGAUGGAGAUGUGACCUCUGGUAAAGUGCCGGGACUCAUUGAAGGCAACCAGUAUGAGUUCCGAGUGCGGGCCGUCAACAAAGCCGGUCCUGGCGAGCCCAGCGAGGGAACUAAACCCCAUAUUGCUCGACCCAAGAACCUGGCACCUCGCAUCGACCGCAAUGCCAUGGUGGACAUCAAGGUGCGAGCUGGCCACAACUUUGAACUGGACGUGCCAGUGAUCGGCGAGCCACCUCCAAUCAAGGACUGGAGUCUUAAGGGCAAUAUGGUCCUCAACAGUGAUCGCAUCAAGGUGAUCAACGAGGACUACAACACAAAGUUGCGUGUGGUGGACGCCAAGAGGUCUGAUGCAGGCACAUAUACCUUGGUUGCCAAGAACAUCAAUGGAAAAGAUACCGCCACUGUCAACAUUUCAGUACUGGAUGUGCCAUCACCACCGGAAGGGCCACUGACACCAUUCAACAUCACCAAGAACUCGUGUCAGCUCCAGUGGCGACCACCCAAGGAUGAUGGAGGCUCAGACAUCACUCACUACAUCGUUGAGAAGAUGGAUGCUGAGAACCUGAGAUGGGUUCCAGUCACUGAGGUGUCGGGCACUCAGGCCAGGGUGGACCAUUUAAUCGAGGGACAUGACUACAAUUUCCGAGUGAAGGCUGUGAACAAGUUUGGAGAAUCAAUGCCUCUAGCGAUGUCUUCUCCAAUCACAGCCAAGGACCCCUACGGCAAACCUGACAAACCAGGCGCACCUGAACCAACUGACUGGGACAAAGAUCAUGUUGACCUGAAAUGGACUCCUCCCAAAAAGGAUGGCGGGUCACCUAUUACAGGAUACAUAAUUGAAAAACGAUCUCGAUUUGGACCAUGGGAGAAGGCUGCGGAAGUGGCUGGUAACGUGACCAAGGGCACCGUUCCCAACCUGACCGAGGGAGAAGAGUACGAGUUCCGAGUGAUUGCAGUUAACAAGGGAGGCCCAGGCGAACCCAGUGAGGCAUCGAAACCUGUCAUCGCCAAGCCUCGAUUCAUGGCACCUCAGAUAGACAAGCUGGCAAUGCAGGACCUUGUGGUAAGGGCAGGACAGAGGAUCAACUUCACCAUUCCUGUGGAAGCCUCGCCCAAGCCCAAGGCCGAGUGGUCAAUUAACGGUGUCCCAAUCAAGCCUGGUAACCGUGUUGAUAUGCAGGUCUACAACAAUCAGGUGCUGUUUGAGAUUCCUUUCUCAGUCCGCUCUGAUACUGGUCGCUACUCGUUGACUCUGACAAAUGACAUUGGCUCUUGCACUGCGUCUGCCAACGUUACUGUUAUUGACCGUCCAUCACCACCGGAAGGACCACUGGAAGUGAGCAAUGUCACUAAGGAAAGUGCACGACUGGCGUGGAAGGUACCUGUGGAUGACGGUGGUGCACCCAUCCUCCAUUACAUCAUUGAGAAGAUGGAUGUGUCACGAGGCACCUGGUCCGAUGCUGGCAUGUCCUCGUCUCUCUACCACGACGUCGUCAGGCUCAUCCAUCGCAAAGAAUACUUGUUCCGAGUAAAGGCAGUUAAUACUGUGGGAGAAUCAGAUCCUCUAGAGACAACAAAGACAACAAUUGCAAGAAAUGAAUUUGACGAACCUGAAGCGCCAGAAAAGCCACAGGUUGUGGACUGGGACGAGGACCAUGUUGACCUCCAGUGGGUCAAACCCAAGUCAGACGGAGGUUCUCCUAUCACAGAAUACAUUGUACAGAAGAAGGAGAAGGGCAGCCCAUACUGGACGAAUGCAGUCACAGUACCUGCUUCCAAGACUGCAGCCACUGUACCAGACCUGACUAAGGGCCAAGAGUACGAGUUCCGUAUCAUUGCAGUGAACUCUGCUGGACCCAGUGCUCCUAGCGAGCCCUCAGACCCUGUUGUCUGCAAGAAACGAUACUUGGCUCCCAAGAUCAUGACUCCUCUUAAGGACAUCACAAUCAAGGCAGGGCAGAUCCUGCACCUGGACAUUGACUUUAUUGGUGAGCCGCCACCAGAGGUCGUUUGGACCGUUGGUAGCCGUGACCUCAAGACCGACUCUCGCACAACUGUCACAUCCAUCGGCUACCACACCAUCAUCAAUACCGUCAACACCAAGCGGUCCGACAGCGGAACCUACCACAUUCUUUUGCGCAACAGCUCUGGCACUGACCAGGGUUCCUUCCAAGUCUCCGUUCUUGACCGCCCAGAUCCUCCUGGCGAGCCUCUUGUUUAUGAAGAGAUCACCUCGUCCAGUGUGACCCUCUCCUGGAAGCCUCCUAAGGACAACGGAGGCAGUGAAAUCACAGGAUAUGUGAUUGAGAAGCGAGACUUGACUCAUGGUGGAGGUUGGGUACCUGCAGUGAACUGGGUGAGCCCUGUAAACACUCAUGCCACAGUGCCGAGGUUGCUUGAGGGUACCAAGUACGAGUUCCGAGUGAUGGCAGAGAACUUGCAGGGUCGCUCGGAUCCUCUCACUACUGACAAACCUGUUGUUGCCAAGAACCAGUUUGAUGUUCCUGGACGACCGGGCAAGCCUGAGGCUACAGACAUUGACAGAGACCACAUCAAGCUGAAGUGGGCAGCUCCCAUCAGCAAUGGUGGCUCCACAAUCUUGGGUUACGAUGUGGAGAGGAGGGACAAGGCCACGGGCCGCUGGAUCAAGAUGAACAGAGAUCCUGUCAGGACAUGUGAGUUCUAUGACGACCACGUGCACGAAGGCAAGCAGUAUGAAUACCGUGUGAGCGCAGUGAAUGCUGCUGGAGCCGGCAAACCCAGCGAUGUCUCCGACGUUUACACAGCCAAGCUCAUGAGAGAAAAACCAAAAUUGCAUUUGGACGGACUUGUGGGUAAGAAGAUCAAGGUGAGGGUAGGGGAACCAAUCAUCAUAAACAUUCCAAUAAGUGGAGCCCCAACCCCCACUAUUGACUGGACCUUCAACGCAGGCCGUCUGCCCAUGACUACCAGACAUUCGACUGACACAACAAGCAAUAUGACAAAACUGAGAAUAGAGAACUCGAAUCGCAAUGAUUCCGGCAGAUACACAAUCACUGCCAAGAACGAGUAUGGAAAGGACUCUGCUGACAUCGAGGUGACAGUGGUGAACAAGCCCGGACAGCCAAGGGGUCCUCUAUCUUACGACUCGGUCACCCAGGACACAAUCUCUCUCUCAUGGCAUCCUCCAUCUGAUGAUGGUGGCAGUGACAUUACAGGCUACAUCGUUGAGAUGUCUGAAUACGGCUCAGACAGCUGGAAACCUGUGCCAGGCUUCUGUCCAAAGACAAACUUCACAGUGAAGGGCUUGACUGAGGGCAAGAAGUACGUGUUCAGAGUGCGUGCAGAGAAUAUCUAUGGUGUGUCAGAGCCCUUGGACGGUAAGCCCGUUGUGGCUAAGAGUCCCUUCGAUCCUCCUGAUGCUCCUAGCCAACCGGAGAUCCUGGGUUACACUCCUAACAGCUGCACCCUCACAUGGAAUCCUCCUACAUCUACUGGAGGAAAGCCUAUCUCAGGCUACUAUAUUGAAAAGAGGGAGCGGGGAGGUGAAUGGAUCAAGGUCAACAACUAUCCAACACCAAACACAACCUUCAAUGUCCAAGACUUACGCGAGGGUUCGCGCUAAAACGAGUUCCGGGUGAUUGCAGUCAACGAGGCUGGACCCGGAAAACCAAGCAAGCCCACAGAUUCCAUCACAGCAAAGGAACAAAAGAGGAAGCCAGAUGCUCCAGAGCCACCAAAGGCAGACAGAGUGACACGGGACAGUGUGACGCUGUCGUGGAGACCACCCAGACAUGACGGAGGCUCUAAGAUCAAGGGCUAUAUUAUCCAGAAGAAGAAGAAGGGAGAUGCUGAUUGGAGUGACGCUAACACCACACCAGUUCCCAAUACACUCUUCACGGUAACCGGGCUAAAGGAGGGUGAUGAGUACCAGUUCAGAGUGAUUGCUGUGAACGAUAUUGGUAACAGUGAUCCAAGUCGCCCCAGUGCUAGUAUUCUGGUAGAAGAGCAGGCGAACAAACCUUGCAUGGACCUGGGUGGAGUGAGAGACAUCACCGUGAGGGCUGGAGAGGAUUUCAGUAUCCAUGUGCCUUUUAUAGGCUUCCCCAUGCCCACCGCCUCCUGGUUCAAGGAUGACUCGAUCCUGGAUGACUCGGACUCUAGGAUUCACCGUCAGCUGACAGACUCGACUGCUACAUUCAUCAUGAAGAACUCAAAGAGGACCGACUCAGGCCAAUACAGACUGCAGCUACGCAACCCUUCAGGGUAUGAUACUGCUACCAUCAAUGUGCGAGUGCUGGACAGGCCUGCACCUCCCGAGAAUCUGCGUGCAGACGAGUUCGCUGGUGAGGCACUCACCCUCUACUGGAACCCUCCUAAGGACGACGGUGGAGCUGUCGUUUCCAAUUACAUUGUUGAGAAAAGAGAGAAGGGAUCUCCUACUUGGUCUAAGGUGAGCAGCUACAUAACAACUCCAUUCUGCCGUAUCCGCAACUUGAUCAUUGGCCGCAACUACGAGUUCCGGGUGAUGGCUGAGAACCAGUACGGAAUCUCAGAUCCUGCCACUACACCUGACUCCAUCAGAGCUAGACAUCCAUUUGACCCACCUGGACCUCCUGGUGCGCCACGUGGAAUUGAGUCUACUGAGGACUCCAUCACUAUCGGGUGGACCAAGCCCCGCCACGAUGGUGGUUCUCCAAUCACUGGCUACGUCAUAGAGAAACGUCUCAUCAGUGAGGAGAAGUGGACCAAGGCUUUGCACGCACACAUUCCAGACCUUACGUGCAAAGUAAUCAACCUGAUAGAAAACCAACAGUACGAAUUCCGAGUGGCUGCGGUGAAUGCUGCUGGCCAAGGACCAUUCAGCUCAUCGUCGGAACCCAUUUGGUGCCGUGCGCCUCCUUGUGCGCCCAAGAUCACGAGUGACCUCAGUAUAAGGGACAUGACCGUGAUUGCCGGGGAAGAGUUUACCAUCACGGUGCCCUUCAUCGGCAACCCCACCCCCAAACCCACCUGGACCAUCAACGGGCUGGAGGUCAUCACAGACUCCCGUAUUGAGUUCAAGACUUCUGCUAACUCGACGGUGUUCCACAACAAGUGUGCUAAGCGUGCCACAGACUCGGGCACCUAUACCAUCCACCUGGUGAACAACAUGGGUACAGACUCAGCAUCCUGCAGGGUUCUAGUUGUUGACAAGCCAAUGCCUCCUCAAGGUCCUCUGGAAGUGUCUGACAUUACUCCUGAGACCUGCUCUCUGUCCUGGAAGCCACCUCUGGACGAUGGAGGCUCUCCAAUCACCAACUACGUUGUGGAGAAACUUGAGACUUCCACUGGGGUUUGGACAAAGGUGAGCAGUUUCGUGCGCAAUUGCACGUAUGACGUGAUCGGUCUGGAACCAAACAAGAAGUACAACUUCCGUGUCCGAGCAGAAAACCAGUACGGCGUGUCAGAAGGAAUAGAGAUGGACUCUCCGAUGACAGCCAAAUUCCCAUUCACUGUUCCCGACCCUCCAGGGCAACCUCAGAUCACUGACUGGGAUACCAGCAAUGCCUCACUUAUGUGGGAGCGCCCAAGGAGCGAUGGUGGAUCCAGGAUACAGGGAUACAAAGUGGAGUUCAGGGAUGUGGCUGAAGACACACAGUGGCGUACUGCUAACGAUUACCUGGUCAAGGAACCGAACUUCAUCGUGCGCAGUCUGCUGUCUGGCCAUGACUACGAGUUCAGGGUGCGAGCCAAGAAUGCUGCAGGCUUCAGCAAGCCUUCCACUCCCUCCCAACACUUCAAGCUCAAGGGAAAAGCAAAGGUGCCAUCGCCACCAGGAACACCAACUGUGAUCAAGGUGGGCAAGAACUACGCAGAUCUCAAGUGGGAACCUCCAACCUCCGACGGAGGCAGCAAGAUCACAGGCUACAUUGUGGAGAAGAGAGAGGGUGGCACCGCUAUGUGGGCUAGGUGUAAUGACUACAACAUCAUGGAUUGCACUUUCACUGCUCUCAACUUGACGGAGAACUCAGACUACGAGUUCAGAGUGUUCGCCGUCAAUUCUGUGGGCAAGAGUGAACCGAGCUCAUGCACCAUGCCUGUUAAAAUCUGCGAGAUCGAAGGUGGGGAGAAGCCCGAGUUCAUCCAGACAUUGUCCAACGCAACCGUUCCUCUUGGAAGACUUCUCACACUUCAGUGUGAGGCCACUGGAAAACCAUUACCAAAGGCAAGGUGGCUGAAGAACGGGCGAGAACUUACAAUGGGAGUGCGCUUCCGCUCGGAGACCGCAGGAGGGGUGUUCAGAUUGCAUUUCUCUGAGGUCAAUGACACGGAUGAAGGUGACUACACCUGUGAGGCUUCCAACGCAGUUGGUUACGCAACCACUACAUCCAGAGUUAAAAUUGGAAAUCCACCUCGCAUUGACCGCAUUCCAACAGAACUGUAUCUACCAGAGGGUGAUAACAACAAGAUAAAGAUCUUCUACUCUGGAGACCAGCCUAUGGACGUGAUCUUGAGCAAGGAUGGCUCAGAAGUGAAGGAGUCAGUACACAUCAAAUACACAGUGUUUGAUGAAUAUAUCAUCAUCUUCAUCAAAGAAGUUACUAAAGAGGAUGCAGGAUCUUACACCUUGACUUGUAAGAACGCCAGUGGAAGUGCCUCUGGAAGCUUCACUGUGUAUAUUACUGGAAUCCCUGGACCGCCAAUUGGACCCUUGGAUGCCUCUCACAUCACAAAACACACCUGCACUCUCUCCUGGAACCCGCCAAAAUACGACGGCGGACUCAGGAUCACACAUUACGUUGUGGAGAGGAGAGACGUCAACAGUCAACACUGGAUCUGUAUAUCUACAUCCUGCAGGGAUACCACAUUCACGGUGCAAGGCCUGACUGAAGGCAACGAGUACCUGUUCAGAGUGAUGGCAGUCAACGACAACGGAAUGGGACCUCCUCUUGAAGGCCCCAACCCUGUCAAGGCUAAGUCACCAUUCGACAAACCAUCUGCACCUGGCAUCCCGACAGUGACCGAGGUCGGAGGAGACUUCGUAAACCUCAGCUGGGAAAAGCCGCUGUCCGAUGGAGGUUCACGCAUCCAGGGCUACUGGAUAGACAAGCAUGAGGUCGGCAGCGACACUUGGACUCGCGUCAACCUGUCCAUCUGUAUCACUACACAGAUCAACAUCUCUAACCUGAUUGAAGGCAGACAGUACGAGUUCCGAGUGUACGCGCAGAACGAGGCAGGACUCAGUCUUCCCUCUUCAGCCUCCAGCUCUGUCAAGAUCAAGGACCCACUUGCCGCAACUCCACCAGAGAUCGUCAAGCCUCUCAGAGGAGUGCAGACUAUUCAGAACCACAAUGCUCAGUUCCAGUGCACAAUCACUGGUACUCCAAGGCCUACAAUCACAUGGUACAAGGGUGCACGAGAAAUCACCCCUGGUGCACGACAUCACACGUUUGCAGAGGGAGACAACUAUACCCUCAUUAUCAACAAUGUGUACGGUGUAGACGCGGAUGAAUACGUCUGCCGUGCUGUCAACAAGGGCGGAGUGAAGUCUACAAAGGCCGAACUAGUUAUCAUGACCGCACCCAAGUUGAAUGUGCCUCCUCGCUUCCGAGACACAGCAUUCUUCGACAAGGGCGAGAACGUUAUUGUGAAGAUUCCCUUCACUGGAUAUCCUAAACCGAAGAUCACUUGGUACAGAGGAGAAGAGAAGAUUGAAUCUGGUGGUCACUACGCAGUCGAAGUCAAGGAACGCCACGCUAUCCUGACUAUGCGCGAUGCCAGCAAGUUCGACACAUCACAGUACAGGAUCGUGGCUGAGAAUGAUCAAGGCGUGGACUCAGCGAUCAUCAACAUUCAGAUAAGCGACCACCCGGAUCCACCCAAGUUCCUGACUGUAGAAGACAUCGGUCAUGACUCUCUGGCCCUGACAUGGAAGCCCCCAGUAUGGGACGGAGGCAGCAACAUCACAAAUUACCUGGUGGAGAAGAGAGAACACCCAAUGUCCAGCUGGAUCAGAGUGGGCAACACCAGAUUCACCACAAUGGCCGUAACAGGCCUGAGCCCAGGACACCAGUACGAGUUCCGUGUGUACGCUGAAAACGUGUACGGAAGGAGCGAUCCUAGCGAGGUUACAGGUCUUAUCACCACCAAGAGCUCUGGCAAGAAGCCAAUCAAGAAGAGACAAUAUGAAGUUGAUCAAACCGGCAAAAAGAUUAGAGGCACAUCAGAUGAGAAAGUCAAGGAUUAUGACCAUUAUGUGUUUGACAUCUACUCCAAGUUUGUCCCACAACCUGUUGAUAUUAAGACCGACUCCGUUUACGACUAUUACGACAUUUUGGAGGAGAUCGGAACCGGCGCAUUUGGAGUGGUUCACAGGUGCAGAGAACGCAAGAGUGGAAACAUCUUCGCCGCCAAGUUCAUCCCAGUCUCUCACAACAUGGAGAAGGAGCUCAUACGCAAGGAAAUUGACAUUAUGAACCAGCUUCACCAUCCCAAACUGAUCAACCUACAUGAUGCGUUUGAGGAUGAUGAUGAAAUGGUUCUGAUCUUUGAGUUCUUAUCUGGAGGUGAGCUGUUUGAGCGAAUAACAGCCGAAGGUUACACCAUGAGUGAAGCAGAGGUUAUCAACUACAUGCGACAGAUCUGUGAAGCCAUCAAACACAUGCACGAGAAGAACAUCAUCCAUCUUGAUAUCAAACCGGAGAAUAUUAUGUGCCAGACGAAGCACAGCACAAACGUUAAACUGAUUGACUUUGGCCUCGCAACAAAACUGGAUCCAAACGAAGUGGUUAAGAUCUCAACAGGAACAGCUGAGUUUGCUGCUCCUGAGAUCGUUGAGAGGGAACCUGUUGGUUUCUACACAGACAUGUGGGCUGUUGGUGUCUUAGCCUAUGUACUACUCAGUGGGUUGUCACCGUUUGCCGGUGAGAACGAUAUCGAGACCCUGAAGAACGUUAAGGCCUGUGAUUGGGACUUUGAUGAAGAAGCCUUCGCAAACGUCUCAGCUGAAGGAAAAGACUUUAUCAAAAGACUCUUAGUGAAGAACAAAGAAAAGAGAAUGACUGCGCAUGAGUGCCUCCUACAUUCCUGGUUGACCGGUGACCAUAGUGAUCGAUCUGCCGCCAUCAACUCAUCGCGCUACACCAAACUGCGAGACAAGAUCCGCAGCAAGUAUGACCACUGGGAGGACUUUGUACUGCCACUCGGUCGCUUGUCCGAAUACAGUUGUCUACGGAAACUACUCAUUGAGAAGUACCGCAUCCACGAAACAUCAUUCGACCGCAGGCAAGCGGCGCCACGGUUUGUGAUAAAGCCAAACAGCGCAUUCGCGUACGAGGGACAGAGUGUCAAGUUCUACUGCCGGGUGAUCGCAGUGGCCACACCGACACUGACCUGGUUCCACAACAACCAGGAGUUGCGGCAGAGUGUCAAGUUCAUGAAGCGCUACGCGCACGACGACUACACCUUCAUCAUCAACAGAGUCAAGUUGGAAGACAGAGGAGAGUACAUCAUCCGGGCCGAGAACCAUUAUGGCUACCGAGAAGAAGUUGUUUUCCUGAAUGUCCAACCGUUACCAAAGACUGUGCCCACGUACAAGCCAGAAGUGCACCCCGUCAGGCGGCGUGAGCCACUGGCCUAUAACUUCUGGCAAGAGGAGUCAGAGAGUGCACCUUGCUUCACAUUCCUGCUGCGGCCCCGUGUCAUGCAGUUCCGCCAAACUUGCAAGUUGCUCUGCUGCCUGAGUGGCAAACCUGUACCUACCGUGAAAUGGUACAAGGGUGCCCGUGAACUUUCCAAGUAUGACUAUACCAUGACCCACUCAGACGGAGUGGUGACUCUGGAGAUUAUCGACUGCAAGCCCGAAGAUUCUGGAAAGUACCGUUGCGUUGCUACGAACGUCCAUGGCACCGAUGAAACUAGCUGUGUUGUUAUUGUGGAAGGCACAGGUGAAACAGACGACCAGGCUGUCUUAGCACAUAACUUGAUGUAUUCCGGAGACCGCAGGUAUAUCGAGCAACCUCUGCGCUCGGCUCAGACGAUCAUCACCAACAGGAGUCUGGUGACUUCCAGUAACACCAACACUUCAACCAACACCUCCUCCAACUACAACCGCAGCCAAAUCUCGACCUCACAGACAACAAGCCACAACUCAACAUCAACCAACACCACAUCAGACAAAAAGACAAUGAAGAAGUAUGGCAGUAAACUGGGAGAUAGCAAAAGCAGUCCUUCACGAUCAAGAAGUGCCACCAAGGAACUGAUCCUGCCCCCAGAUGACUCUAUGUGCCCACCAGAGUUCACACAGAAGCUGAUUGACCGAUCAGUCAAUGAUGGAGAGCCCUUGGAGCUCACCUGCUACAUCAAGGGAGAUCCGGACCCUCAGGUCACGUGGCUAAAGAAUGGAAAGACGCUGAGGUCAUCUGAUGUAGUUGACCUCAAGUACCGUAACGGCCUAGCAACCCUUAACAUUGCAGAGGUCUUUCCAGAAGACGAAGGCGAAUACGUCUGUAGAGCCUCUAACUCCUUGGGUACCGUCGAAAGCAAAUGCAAGCUCACAGUCAUAGCGACCAACACUGCAGUCCCAUUGAAACCUGGGGAGAAGGACAGUGCUCCCAGGAUAGUCAGCCACCUCAAGUCGGAGUUUGUGAAGGACGGAGACCCAGUUGUGUUGUCCGUCAGGAUAAUAGGAGCUCAGAAGUUUGAUGUGAUUUGGCUACACAACAACAAGGAAAUAAAGCCCAGCAAAGACUUCCAAUACACUAAUACGGCAAAUAUUUACAAACUGAACAUUGCUGAAAUCUUCCCUGAGGAUUCCGGCAUCUACACGUGUGAGGCGUUCAAUGACCAGGGAGAGUCUUUCAGCAGUUGUACGCUUACAGUUUUAGUUCCAAACGAACAACCCAAAAGUCCAGUGUUCAAAACAUUCCCGCGGUCAGCAACCGUGCAAGAAGGAGAAAGCAUAGAAUUCGACUGUGAAUUUAAGGAUGCCCCAACAAAAGUAACGUGGUUUAAGGAUGCAACUCCAAUUGAUGAAGGAAGUUCAAAAUACGAAUUUGUACAAGCUGGAAAGAAAUUCCAGUUCAAAAUUUUGAGUGGUACAAGCCUGGAUAUGGGCCAGUAUGUUGUCAAAGCAACAGAUAAGACUGGGGAAUCAUCAGCUGCUUUCUCCGUUAAUGUGUAUUCGUCCGGUGAAUUAUAAAUAAAUAAAAUAAAGAACUUUCUGGUAAGUCCUUCAUCUUCCAAGAAGAAAAAAUGCAAUCGUCUUCGGCGCAUUUCCUUGAAUAGUUUCGUCAUUAUGUCCAUCAAAGAAAAAAUCACAAAAAAAGGAGUCACUAAUUUUCCCAAUACUCACCAAUUGCUUAAUACAUGUACAUUUCUGUAAUGUACUCGUAAAUAUUUAAAUAAAUGUAAUUUAUUAUUUUAAUUACUUAAA